AUGGACAUGUUAAGCAACCAAUUUCGGACAUUGAUUUCAAAAAUAAAUUAUGUUGAAGAUCCAGUAGAAGCUGCUAAGAAAAUGGUCAGCUCUAUACAACAAUUAGUUGGUAUCCGAAAUGUUUUCGGAGACAAAAAGCGUAGUCUAAGUCCUAAGUAUGAAACACCGUUUUACGAAAUAACGUUCGCUGUUACAUGUGUCGCAACAGCUUUCUCCGCCGUUAAUCAAACUGGAUACAUAGUCCUUUUUAUUACAUUGGUGGCUCACGAACUUGGACAUUUUUAUGCCAUCACGAAAACACUAAAUGAAAUCUUUACAAUUCUAAAGAAUCCAAAUGGUUCUGAAUUGAAUUCUGAAGAAAUAGAAGACUCAAUAAAUCAGAGACUAAUAUUUUGCGUAAAACAGCACCAGUUCUUGAUCUACUAUCAUUAUAAAAUUAGAAAAUUGUAUAAAGUGGUUUUUGGGGCCCAUUUUGUCAUGAUGACGGUCGUGUUAGUUACCACUUUGCAGACGAUGAAUGAAUGGGACGGUAGAAACACAAUUCUGACGGGUGUGACUGGUAUUAUGCCGUUAUUCCUCUAUUGUUUCGGCGGCGAGCUCUUAAUUUCCGCGGGACAAGAAAUGUCUACAUCUAUUUAUACAUGUGGUUGGGAACUAAUGGAGGCAAGACAAGCUAAAAUCGUUAUCUUAAUGCUUUGUCUCGCUCAACGUCCGCUUUAUUUAUCAGCGGCUGGUGUUUUUAUUAUGAACAGGGAGACUUUUGGUGGUAUUGUCCAAGUCGUAUACAAAAUAUAUGCUGUUUUUAAUUGA